AGGGUUUCCUAAGCAAUGCUUUCACUCUCUUCACCACGCGCAGCAGCGUUUAGUGCUUUGUGAGUAAAUCGUUAGCGGUGCACACAUGUGUUAACCGAUGUAAAGCGUGAGUAUUAACAAAGAAAGUAGAUCCACCUUCGGAGGAAUGUUAUGGUUUCUUCUUGGUUACCUUGACGACCGAUUCAACGGCUUGGCUUCCCGCCAGAGCAUCUUGAAGCGGUGCGAUUUGAAAUUUUACAGUGAAAAGUUUUUGAAAUAUUUUUUAUCACUUCGUACGGUGAAUGAUCACUUUUUAAUUAUGUGUACAGUUUUCACUGUGGGAGAAUAAUGUGUGUAUGUUGUAACUGGAAUACGUUAAAUUGAAGUGUUACGAACGGGUGAUUUACAUGGAUGGCUUAAUGAAAAUAUAUAUCUGUUCAUAAUAGAGGAUUUUUUAAGGAAAGAAAAUGGUUGACUGAAUCUGACAGACAAAUCUUUACAGCGCGUUUAUCUUUUGAUAUGAUCUUAUUAUUCAUUAUUCUAACUGUUAGAAUAAUAUGUAAAGCACAAUGAAUUAUUAUUAAAGAAAAGCGGCUGUGCUAAAACCGAAAGCUUCUAUAUGCACUUUACUCUGGAAUUGGUUCAAAAUAAGCUGGACGUGAAAAAUGUGCAGUGAAUUUCCUUCGCAAGUGAAUAUGACAACACAACCUCACUGGUUCCCCGUAUUAGCCACGCCAAACAUCCUAACUAUAGCUGAGGAAUGUGUCUGCGUAUGCAACCAAGAAGGGCCUUGUUGCUGUCACGGAGAAAAAGAUGCAGGAACCAGUGAGUCCAGUGAUACUCCAGAGGUUCCUUUGAAGGUAUUACCGGACUUCGAAGAAUUUGACGGAGUUGACGACAUUCUUGCUGUCAGCCAUUUGUCAGAGAAACCAUCGAUCAAGAAAAGGAAUCCACUGCUACGUGCGAAAACGUUGCCUGCCAUCAUAUCUCCGAGCCUCAGCAUCGUUCAAGCACCCCUCGAUCCUCAAACCCGAUCGAAGAUUCCGACAAUCACGCAUACUGAAAUCAAUGGACAUUCAAAAAUUUCACCAGGAAAAUCCCGUUCUAAGCGAAGUCCUGGCUCUUCAGGAAAGAAAAACAGUACCAGCAGUGAAAUGCCUCCCAAGAAGACUGUUGCCUUAGAUAGCGUUGCAAAGAAAAAGAAUAAAGCCAUGGGUGGUAAAAUUAAGAAAGAAAUCGUAGAUAAACAAAAGCGUGGUGUAAGAGUGGAAAUUAAGAAACUUUAUGUGGCUACAGGAGUUACCGGGUACUUCCAAGCACGGUCCAAAAUUCCUAGAAUAUGCUGA